AUGACGAACAUCACCGUCGGCGUCUUGGCUCUCCAGGGCGGCGUGAUCGAGCAUCUCUCGCUGCUGCGAAAAGCUGCCGCCAGUCUCCCCACCCCCCCCGCAGACGAUGUCAAGCCAAUCAAAUUCUCAUUCAUCGAGGUGCGCACUACGGAGCAGCUAGCCCAGUGCGACGCUCUCAUCAUCCCCGGCGGCGAGAGCACCACCAUGGCCAUCGUUGCUCGGCGGCUAGGUCUGCUCGAACCCCUGCGGCAGUUUGUCAAAAUCGACUGCAAGCCAGUCUGGGGGACAUGUGCUGGCCUGGUCAUGCUCGCCGAGGAGGCGAGCGCCACCAAACAAGGAGGCCAGGAGCUCGUCGGGGGGCUCGAUGUGCGUGUCCUCCGGAACCGCUACGGCACGCAGAUCCAGAGCUUUGUGGCAGACCUGAACCUGCCUUUUCUCGGCGGCGAUGCGGGGCACGCCGCCGACGUCGUUCCGCCUUUCCGCGGCAUCUUCAUCCGCGCGCCCGUGGUGGAGGAGAUCAUGACCCCUUCGCCUCGAGCGACGCCAGGCGCAGGUGACGACAGCAAAGAGCUAGUAGAGGUCUUAGGCGUGUUCCGGAAGCCUGGUAGCGGAAUCAGUACCGCUGAAUCGAGCAGUACAGAAAGCCAGAAGGUGGAUGAAGAUAUCGUGGCCGUGCGGCAGCGCAAUGUCUUUGGCACGAGCUUUCACCCGGAACUCACUAACGAUACGCGCAUUCACGCCUGGUGGCUGAAGCAUGUCGUGGAUGCGUCGAGGCAGAGGAACCCUUCUGUUCCCAAUUCGGUGGCAUCUGAUACGAGGGAUAGGGGUGUAUUCGCGGCUCGGCGCAAACCUCCACCGCCUUCCCAGUCACUCGCCUCGCCGCACCUGCGCCUAACCUCGUUCCGCCGCACGAUGCCGCACACCACGGAAAGCGUCGACGGCGUCGUCGAGUUCGACCUGUACAACCCAAUGAACAACUCAACGGCCCACUGCGCCGCCAAGUACAGGCUGCCGAGCGCGUCAAUUCCCGCGACGAGCUGCGCCCCGGCUCCUGUCGCGGGGCGAGACCUGACCGCGACGAGCUUCAGUUUUGAUAAUGCCGCGGGCGACGGACGGCUACAGGUCAGGCAGACGUGGAUUUGUGUUGGCAGUGACGGUGCAUCAGAUAAACAAGCAGUGUUUACGGGCACGGGAGCGGCGGAGCCUGACGGCGAGGCGGCGCAGCAGGGCCAGAUUAUUUGGUUGAGCGUGUUGCCGAGUUGA